AUGAAAACUCCCGGGAGUACAUACUUCAAACCAUCAGAAGUGUCUCAGAUGGCGUUUUUAUCUGAAGAUGAAGACACUCCUUAUAGUGAUGAUGAUUCUUCUAUGAGUAGUUUAAAUUCGGCCCAAAUAUGGAAUACAUUCAAUUCAAAUCAUAAUAAAAAUGAAAUAAAUUCAAACAUAUUAGUUAAACCUAAAAUACGUACCAUGAGUUCUUCCAAUUCCUUUAAAAGAAAUAGUAUUAACAGCAUAAAUUCUUCGAAAUUUUCGUUGAGUCGUUCAACCGACAACUAUACUUACAAUUCUUCUCUUUUAAAUACAUACAAACAUAUGGAUAAUAUAAACGCAAUUACCAAGAACUUGGAUUCAAACAUGCCGAAUAAAAAUUCUCAUAAGUUAGAUUCGGAAAUCAUAAACACAACCACAACUACUAUCAUAAGCCAAGAUGAUUGUGAAAUCUCUCCUUCAAAUUCUAAUAAUAGUUUUGCUACAAAUGCUAAUGACUCGAUUUCCCUUAAUGAUAAUGAUUCAAUUUCUAAUACUACUUCUGCUAAUACCACAACAAAUGCUAAUACUUUCCAUGUAAAUUUAAAUACAAAAAAAAAUGCAAAACAUAUUGUUCGUUUGAAGCUAAGUAUUCAAGAUAAAGCAUUAUUGAAACAAUCUUGGGAUUCUAUUAUUAAUGAUGAUACUACGAUUUAUUCACAUAAUAUCCAUCAUUUACAACAAGGUAAUUCCAAAUUAAACAGAGUUCAAAAUACAACUACAACUACAAAUGCAGAUAACUGUGCAACAGACGUUUCUAUUUCAGGUUCAUUGUUUUGUAGACAAUUUUAUGAUAAUUUAGUCGCUAUGGAUAGAUCUGUCAGUGUAAUGUUCCCCACUUUAAAACACCAAGCAAGAGCAUUUGCUAUUGUUAUAAAUAAGGCUAUUAAUUAUUUGGAUGAUUUAUCUAAAUUAGAUGAUAAUUUAACUUUAAUUGGUAAAAGACAUUCAAGAAUCUUUGGGAUAUCAACUGAAAUGUUCGAAUUAAUGGGUGUCGCAUUAAUAGAUACUUUAAGAGAUAGAUUAACUUAUAAAUUCAAUUCAAGAUUAGAAAAUUUAUGGUCUUCUUUAUACAUUUAUUUGGCAAAUGCUAUCUUACAACUGGGUGCAGAUCCAAUUAUUGAUAAUUCUGAAAAUAAUAAUAAUGAUUUAUCUUUCAUACAACCAACAAUGUCAAAUCACUUAUCAGAUUCAUUGUUCCUUUUACAACAACCAUCACAUAAUUCCACUUCUAUGGCAAAUUCAAUAUCAAAUUUAUCUUUAAAUAAUACAAAGAAUCAAUUCAUUUCUUCAGAUUCAAGCAAUCUAAAAAAAAAUAUAAAAGUACUUCUCAACUGUCAAUGA